AUGGACGCCACAAGCGGGGCUGCGAAGCCCCUCAUUGACUUUCACCUGAGAUGCGGCUUGGUCAGCUUGUUCAACCAGCCGUACGAGCUGCAGGAUAUCCCAGUUCCCGAAAUCGGCGACAACGACCUCCUCGUGAAGAUCGGCGCAGCGGGAUUCUGCCACACCGACUACCAGGUAUUCGAGGGCGUCUACAAAUCCCCACUGCCGAUGACGCCUUCCCACGAGCCAGUCGGGACGAUCGUAGCAGUCGGAAAGGAGGCGGCGCAGAAGUGGCAGGUCGGCCAGCGUGUCGGAGCGCUGCUGUUCAAACACGCCUGCGGAACGUGUGCUCCGUGCAGGAUGUUCAAAGAUCCGCCCGGCUCCGACAAGCCUGACAUCGUCGUCUGCCAAGGGAAGGAGCUCCUCGGUCUCACUCACGACGGAGGGUUUGCCGAGUAUGUUGUUGCUGACGCUGAGACUACAUCGCUGCUUCCUGAUGGCCUGCCGUUUGAGCAAGCGGCGCCAUUGAUGUGCGCCGGGGCCACAGUCUGGGGCGGCAUCAAGCAUCUGGGCUUACCUCCGGGAGCGCCCGUCGCCGUCAUUGGUGUCGGUGGUCUCGGGCAGCUGGCAAUCCAGUUCUUGAAGGCUCUGGGCUAUCGAACCGUUGCCAUUGACAACCGUCCGGAGGGUCUGGCGCUUGCCGAGGAAAUAAAGUCUACAUCACUUCGUGCGGAUGCUGUCGUUGACUACAACAUCGAGGACGCCUUGGAGCAGGUGGUUGAAUUUGCAGGGGACGGAGGUGUAGCCGGAGUUGUCGUGUGCACUGACGACGUGCCGGCAACGGAGUGGUCCGUCAAGAUUCUGCGUCCGCGUGGCGUCUGCGUCCCUCUGGGGUUGCCGACUGCAGGCUUUCACUUCAACGCCUUUGAUGUGGUGUUCAAAGAACUCAAGAUUCAAGGGAGCUUGGUGGCGAGCAAGAAGCUGGUCGAUGAGAUGUUGGAGGUUGUUGCCAAGCAUCGGGUCUGGUCUCACAUUACGACAGUAAAUUUCGAGGACGUUCCGAGGCUCCCGGAGAUGUACAUGGACAAGCAUCUGAAGGGCCGCCUGGUGCUUAAGAUGUAA